AGAACCAUACAACGCAGGACUAGAGGGCGAUGACACAGAAAGAGAGAACUUGGGGUGGGGAGGCGGAGCCCCCUCUGGAGUGGGCGAGACGACGCAGUCAGCAGGCGGAGACCAAGUUCGCGGGGCAGAGCCUGGGACGAGUGUCCAAGGCCAUAAAUGGUGCGCUUCGCGCUGGAGGGGCCCACGGUCCUAGCAGCAGGAGCGUCACGUUGGUGAGGUAGCGGGCGAGGCGAGAGACGCCGGGUGGAAGGAAGGCGAGUGUCGUCUUGGCCUUGGCUCAUCCCCCAGCCGGGCGUGGCGCUGCGGAGGCUCCGGGAGCAGCGUUAGCGGGCAGCGAGCGUCGGCCGGGCAGCCGCAGGAUGAAGGGGCCGGUGGCGGCACCCGUGGCGGCGUCGGAGGUGAUCCGCGAGGGCGAGCUGGAGAAGCGGAGCGACAGCCUCUUCCAGCUGUGGAAGAAGAAGCUGGUGGUGCUGAGCAAGGACAGCCUGAGCCUCUUCUCGCCCGAGGGCGGCGGCGGCAAGGCCCGCGCCAAGGAGCUGCGCUUCGGCUCCAUCCAGAAGGUGGACUGCGUGGAGCGGACCGGCAAGUACGUCUACUUCACCGUCGUCACGACGGACCGCAAGGAGAUCGACUUUCGGUGCCCGGGCGAGAGCUGCUGGAACGCCUCCAUCACCAUGGCCCUCAUCGACUUCCAGAACAAGCGCGCCAUCCAGGACUUCAAGAGCCGGCAGGAGGCCGCCGAGCAGGCGGCCGCCACCACCCGCGACAGGCGCCUCGCCCGGGCCCCCUGACCCACUCCGCCCCGGAAUCCCGCCGGCGGCCCGGCCCGGCCCUAACCUACCAAAGAACGUUUAACUCUGGAUGGGAACAAGAUUGUGUGUCUUGGAUUGCAAUUGGAGUUCACUAGUGCAUGGUACCAAUGAAGGAAAGCAAAGAAGGAUGUCAGAGAUGGCUGGAUCGCUUCAACUCUGAUGAGGCUGCAGUGCCAAAUCUUCUUCCUUGAAAGGCUUUUACAAACCAAAGAUAGUUUGAAAAAUACAAGUCUGGCUAACUGAACAGGAGGUCCAGUUUGCAAACUACAGUUUUGUUUUCUAUUUAUAAGAUGUAAAGACUAUCAUCACCUCAUGGGGGGGAAAGACACAGCUUAAAUUAUUUGUAGUUAUAUAUUUUAUAUUUAUUUUGAUGGAUACUUUUUAAGCAAAUAAACUGUCAGUGUUGUUUUUUGCAUUAAUGUGGCCAAUCCAAAUAAAUGAUGUGAAAUUUUCACUUUAUUU